AUGUAUGCACGGUAUAUCCCCGGGCAGAAGCCUACCAAAGACAACCAAGAUCUUCCCGUCGCAAAGCAAUCGCCCGCCCCGUCUGCAGCCACGAAUGGUGGAGAUGGACUCUCCUACGCUCGCUAUAUACCCGGCGUGACGCCUCAGAAGCAGGCCGAAACGCCCAAUGUCCAGCGAUUCGAAGACGAGUCAGACUCUCCCAAGCCGAAGAGGAAACGGGACGAUGGGGAGCCGCUUGGGGAGCCGCUACAGGAGCCUCUGAACAAAAAGCGGAAGGAAAAGGGCUUAGAAGCUGUCCCGCAGGACUCAGAAUCUGCAGAGGAAGUGAAAAAGACCAAGAAGAGCAGAAGAUCCGAACAGGAUGGCGCUCUGAAAGAGAGCAAAGACGGAAAGAAGGAGAAGAAGAAGAAUAAGGAUAGAAAGAGAGAGGAAGCAUCCGACGAGGAGCACAACGAGUCCACUUCCGAUGGCCAGAACCCAGAGCAGACCAUUGACUCUUCUACUGCGCACCCCGAAGACUCCGAAAUGGUAGAUGCAGCGGACGGCAUAACCCCCGAACCCGCAGAGCAGCAACCCAAAAAGCCCAAAAAAGAAAAGAAGAAGAAGUCGCAGGAUGCCGCCAUGAACGAAGCGGCGGAGGAAGAAGCCGAAGACACACGCCACAAGGCCGUCUUCGAGCGAAAAGCCAAAUCGCUCAAGUACGCCGAAAUCAUCAAAGAGCAAGGCAUCGACGAGGAACCCGAGGAGCCAGCCGAGCUCCACGGCCUGGAACCCCUCCCGCAGCCCGCGCGCACCGCUCCCAGCACAGCAAAGCCGACAUACGAGACGCUCCCGCCGUGGCUCUCCGCGCCGAUCCGCGUCUCGGUGGACACGCGGACGCCCUUUACGGAGCUCGGGAUCCUGCCAAAGGCCGCACGGGUCCUCGAGCAAAAGGGUUAUACAGAGGCUUUCGCCGUGCAGACGGCUGCUCUGCCGCUGCUGCUCCCGUCGAACAAGCAGCAGCCGGGCGACCUCCUCGUGUCGGCAGCAACGGGAUCCGGAAAGACGCUGGCCUACGCCUUGCCGAUCGUGCGGGACGUGAGCAACAGCGUCGUCACGAGGCUGCGCGCUCUCGUCGUGCUUCCGACGCGCGAGCUCGUCAAGCAAGCCCAGGAAGUCUUUGAACUGUGCGCAAAGGCCUACGAGGGCGAGGACAGGAAAAGAGUCCGCGUCGGCAUCGCCAUCGGUAAUCAGUCUUUGGCCUCGGAACAGGACCUCCUCGUGGGCAAGGAGACGCGCUACGACCCGGAGGCGUAUCAGCAGCUGGAGCAAGAAGCAUCAUCAUCACAGGUAGCUUCAGCAAGCGAAGACGACCUGGACGCCCUCCUCAACGGCCCUGACACGCACCGCCGCGCCAACCCCCGCCUCGGCCCCUGGCAAGGCCAAGUCGUCGACUUCCACUCCAAAGUCGACGUCCUCAUCUGCACGCCCGGCCGCCUCGUCGAGCACCUCGACCAGACCCCCGGCUUCAGCCUCUCCUACAUCCGCUGGCUCGUCGUCGACGAAGCCGACAAGCUCCUCGCGCAGAGCUUCCAGGGCUGGCUCGACGUCGUCCUGGACAAGUUCAAGACGAGCAGCGGCGGUGUCUUCGGCGCCAGGGACUUUCCCGACAUGCCCCACUCGGGCGUCCGCAAGAUCCUGCUCAGCGCCACGCUGACGAGGGACCUGAGCCUGCUGAACCAGCUUGCGCUGUGGAGGCCGCGGCUGAUUGCUGCAAAGCAUGAGCAUCCUGCUACGAAACCUCAAUCCGACGCAGAUUCAGACACUAGCUCCGACGACUCAAGCUCCGAUUCCGACUUAUCUUCUGAAUCAUCAGACGACGAUUCAGACGCUACAAGCUCAGACUCAGACACAUCCUCAUCCUCAUCCUCGAGAUCCACCACAGCCCCCGCCCCAAGAAAGUCCCACGCCAUCCCCCGAUCCCUCAUCUUCACAAAGUCCAACGAGUCCGCCCUCCGCCUCUCCCGCCUCCUCGCCCUCCUCGACCCGUCCCUCGCCCCGCAAAUCGGCACCCUCACGUCCACCACGCCCACCAGCGUCCGCCGCAAGACCCUCCGCGCCUUCACCACCCCCUCCUCCUCUUCCCCCCUGCGCCUCAUCAUCGCGUCCGAUCUGGUGGCGCGCGGUAUCGACAUACCGAAGCUGCCGCACGUCGUCAACUACGACCUCCCGCCGAGCGUGGCUGGUUACGUGCAUCGCGUGGGACGAACUGCGCGUGCCGGACGGCCGGGUUGCGCGUGGACGCUUGUGGGCGAUGGCGAGAGCGGUUGGUUUUGGGGCAAGAUUGGAAAGAGUGCGGCGGUGAAGAGGGCACAGAAGGUGGGACGGGUCAUCAUUGAGGAGAUGAGCGAGGAGAGGAUAGAAGAGUAUGAGAGUGCGCUGGAGAAGCUGGGCAAGGAGGCGCUCGAGUCACGGAAGAAAUAGAA